AUGCUGCAGAUUGGCUACUCUACGAACAUUGCUCCCCUGACUCUGGCUAGCAUCCUUUCCAUGGGGCAGAUGCUUAUCUCUCUCCCUGUCUGCGGGGCCCAGAUGUUCUUCUUCAUCCUUCUUGGAGGGUCUGACUGUGUCUUGCUUGCUGUCAUGGCCUACGACAGGUACGUGGCCAUUUGUCAUCCAUUGCAUUACAACCUCAUCAUGAGUUGGCAGCUCUGCGGGCAGAUGACUUUAGGUUCUUUGGGGCUGGGAUUCCUGUUGUCACUGCCUUUGACCAUUCUGAUCUGCCACCUUCCAUUCUGUGGCCACAAUGAGAUCUACCACUUCUUCUGUGACAUGCCUGCCGUCACGCGCCUGGCCUGUGCAGACACCUGUGUGCAUGAGGCCGCUCUCUAUGCCCUCGGUGUGGCCGCCGUGGCUGUCCCCUUCCUCCUUACCUGCCUCUCCUAUGGCUGCAUCGUGGCCACCAUCCUGAGGAUGAAUUCAGCUGAGGGAAAGCGCCGGGCUUUCUCCACCUGUUCCUCUCACCUCAUCGUGGUUCUCCUGCAGUAA